CCACAGUCUGCCAUCGCCCAAAUUCCCCCGCCGCCGCACGGACGUCAGCCACAAGUUUAGCCACAACGCAUAUUGACAAGGCAAUCCAACCCCAAUAAAUUCUGAACAAAAAAAAUCAGGAUUAUCUUGAGUCUGAACAGUUGAUCUAGUGCAGCGUACCAUCAAAGAUGGUUCGACAAGCAAAACAGACACCGGAACAGAAAAAAGAAUCUCAGAAGAGAAAGACGACUCAGAAGAAAAAGGUGACAGAGACUGGAGUAUGGCCAUGCAAAAUCGAUGGUUGCAACAAGCAGUUUGCUCGGGAGGCCGAUCUGAAACGGCACCAGCGAACUACCAAAUUACACUCCGUGCCAGGAUUUGCAUGUCCGCAAUGUGAUGCUACGUUUACACGAACUGAUGCACUACGGAGGCAUCAGAAGUCGAGACACAACGGUGUAAUCAUCGAACCCACGGAGGUCGAGAAGAAGAAAGGUAGCACCGAGCCUAGGGCAUCUGGGUCGCAAUCUCACAGCCGAAGUCCAUCUCCGUCAUCGAAAGGCGCAGAGAAUCCAACCGAUGCUCCACCCCCUCUCGGUGUCCUUGGCGGUUCGCAAGUCCCACACAGUUAUUAUCGUCAACAUACUAUGCCUGCAGGUGCAUACAUGCCACCUCCCCUUGGAGUAAUCGUUGAAGGUCAAUAUCCCCCCAACAUUGGACUCCCGACAUCAUCGGCUCGAUUACAUCAGGCAACAUGGCCGCAAGGCGCCUGGAUUCCUGACGGGUCGCAACCGCCGCCCAUGCCGCCCAUGGGCUAUCCGCAUCCUGCCUACUAUUCAUACUAUCGCGGAAUGCCUCACCCGUCACCAGGCCCACCACCCUCUGAACUCAUGUCACAUCUGCAAAACGGUGUCCAGCCGCAUUCUCCCUCAUCCUGUGACGACUCAUCGAGUACUAGUAGUCCUACCAGGACGAGUAUGCACAAUGGCGGCGACCCCUCUGCGUCGGGAGCAGGAAACUUCCAUGAGAAUGAAGCAAGAUCUCCUGUCAUCGACCCUUCACUAGACAUCUCACCAGUGUCACCAACUACAAAUCACAAGGUAUCUUUCAAGGUCAAUCAAACCGCCGUAGAAGUCGCCUUGUCGUCGACAGAAAGAGAGCCAUCGCAUGCACCGGAUAACAUACAUUCACCCAGCCAUGUGGACCCUCGAUCGGUAUCACACCCUUCUAGCUCAGCUUCUACUGGAGAAUCACCUGAACUAUUUUAUGCUGCCCAAUCACCACCCCAUACUCACACUUUCGAGCGUCCACCUGAGAUGGAACACAUGCUCACAGAAGAUGGAGAGCCUAUGCUGAAUCCAGCCGAGCUGUUGACUCAGGAAUCUCUCGCAUCCCCACCCCCAUCGCUAUAACAGUCAUACUCUAGAUUAUUGAUGAUAUUCCUCGCUAUUCUUCACAUGCAUUACCUUACUGUACUCACGCAUACAUAGCCUGUCUUCCGUGCAUAACAUUGGAG